AUGUAUGUGUGUUGCAGAAUGUCUGCUCACGCUGGUACUGACACUGGUACUGACGCCGGUACUGACACUGGAACUGGUACUGACGCCGGUACUGACACUGGAACUGGUACUGACACCGAUACUGACGCCUUUACUGAUGCUGGUACUGACAUUGGUAUUGAUGCUGGUACUGACCCUGGCACUGACACCGAUACUGACGCCAGUACUGAUGCUGGCGCUGGUACUGAUGCUGGUACUGACACUGAUACUGAUGCUGGUACUGAUGCCGGUACUGACACUGGCACUGGUACUGACGCCGAUAGUGACGCUGGUACUGACGCUGGUACUGACGCCGAUAGUGACACUGGUACUGACGCUGGUACUGACGCCGAUAGUGACGCUGGUACUGACGCUGGUACUGACGCCGAUAGUGACACUGGUACUGACGCUGGUACUGACGGCGAUAGUGACACUGGUACUGACGCUGGUACUGACGGCGAUAGUGACGCUGGUACUGACGCUGGUACUGACGCCGAUAGUGACACUGGUACUGACGCUGGUACUGACGGCGAUAGUGACACUGGUACUGACGCUGGAACUGACACCGAUAGUGACACUGGUACUGACGCUGGUACUGACACCGAUAGUGACACUGGUACUGACGCUGGUACUGACACCGAUAGUGACACUGGUACUGACACUGGUACUGACGCCGGUACUGACGGCGAUAGUGACACUGGUACUGACGCUGGUACUGACGGCGAUAGUGACACUGGUACUGACGCUGGUACUGACGCCGAUAGUGACACUGGUACUGACGCCGAUAGUGACACUGGUACUGACACUGGUACUGACGCUGGUACUGACGCUGGUACUGACGGCGAUAGUGACACUGGUACUGACGCUGGUACUGACGCCGAUACGGACACCGGUACUGGUGGUACACUGAAGUUUAUAACAGCAACAGAAAUAAAUGCCACACUUGGAUAUCUCCAUAAUAAAGUACAGUAUAAAGUCAUUCUAAGUGAAUGAUAUUCGGCUUUAUUCUGGUUUUAUGUACAAAGCCUUAAUGACGUCUCUUACGUCAAGAACAAUUGAUCAAAUCCAUGAUUAAAGUCUUGAUAUUUCUGGAUUUCUACAGCCUGCUAUACAGAGUAACAUCCUCACUAUAGUACACGAGGAGAAUUUCACCGAUCCGUUAUCCAGUCCACUACAAAACUCCACACAGACAGGAGAAGACCUUGGAAUAUAAGGGCCAGUGUUUUAGCUCCUAAAAGUGUCAACAUUUUUUAUUUUAUUUUAUUUUUUUUAAACCUUUUCUUUCUUUAACGUAGUGUACGUCGAGCUGUGUCCAGUUUGUCUUUGGUGCCAUUUUUUGUGCAAUGCAUCACUUUAAGCCUGAGCUGAUUUCACACUCUUCAUCCUCUCGGUUUUGAUGUGUGUGGUUAUUGGAACAAAACAAUAAAGAAAAGUGUUGAA